CACCCACUCAUUCCACAAACCAAUCAAGAAAACGAAAAAGAUGAAGUUUUCAUCUCAUAUCAAAAUGAUCAUGGAGUAUUUCGAUACCCCAACAAAAGUCAUUUUCCUGGUAAUAGCACUGGUCAUAGUCUUCUUCUGGAUGAGGUCAGGCCCGACGAUGAAGGCUCCGGGAGGAAAUGGUCGUCGUAUUUCGAGGGACUCAUUUCAGAAGAACCCGAAAGGCUACUUCAGGGAUCUGCGCAAGAAGUAGGUAUAAGAGUAGUAUGGUGGAAGAACUAAUAAUAACGACUUUGUAUACUAUGCAUUAAAUACCAUAAGAUACGUAUGUACCAUGUCGUCGAUCUGUAUGAAAACUUACUGUUUGAUUCUCCUUUUGACAUGGGCUAAUGAAAAAGGGGUAAAAAAUUUUUUUAGAGGGGUACAAUUUUGUAAAUACUUGAAUCCUGUCUGAUAAGAUAAGCAAUUUUUUUAGGCCCCAA